CGGUAGUACCGAGGUGCCCUGUAAUGCAGCUUUGCCAAUUGAGCAACGGGGUUGCGGGCGUAGAAACCGUUAGACGAAAGCAGCGGGAACUGCUUCACAUUGAUUGAUUGGCUGCAUUGAUCAGCCGACCGACGUGUCGUAUAAUGAAGUGCUUGUGAGUAAAACGUGCCCGAUUUUGUAUUGAUUGACUGGACUGCAUUGAUUAGCCGACCGAGGUGCCCUGUCCUGUAAUGAAUCGCUUGUGAGUAAAGCGUGCUCGAUUUACAUUGAUUGAGUGUAAAGAAGCGCUUGUGCGUAAAGCGUGCUCGAUCUUAUAUUGAUUGGCUGUAAAGAAGCGCUUGUGAGUAAAGCGUGCUCGAUCUUAUAUUGAUUGACAGGACAGGAGUGGUGAGAAUUUAGCAGCGCAAACAAGCGGGUAUGUCAAGAUCUGCUGAUCGGCUCCCGCGGUGGCGUUUCCGCUUCCUCCCGCGAUCUGCUUUCUCGAUGUUGUCGGAUUGAGGAACCGUCUCCAGGGUUUUGUCGACUGACUGUUAGGUAGACUCGACUCCGCUUGCGGUGUCUUCCUUAAUCUCGCUCCGAGCACUGUUUGGGGGACUUGGACAGUUUCCUCGUUCAUUAGUCUUGAGCACCCGUACCGGUGUAGCUUGUCCGUCCGUCUUCUCUCUCUCUCUCUCUCUCUCUCUCUCUCUCUCUCUCUCUCUCUCUCUCUCUCUCUCUCUCUCUCUCUCUCUGUGCUCCUCCCACGCGCCCCCCCUUGCUCUCGCCCUUGGGUCUCUUUUGUCAUCUCAUUGAGGACUGCCAAUUAGAACGGUUCCCUCUCCAGACCUGUGGGAAUCGAUGGAGCGAGGGCGGCAGCAACGGUCGUCGUCAACACUGGGGGCAAACAGGUCACCCAUUGGCUCGCCAAGGAGGAGUGCAGGGAGCGAUUUUCGGCGAUCUGGGAGCCCUCCGAGAAAGAGCAUGAAUGGUGCAAGGGAACCUGAUGCCAUGAAUCCUGGGAACAACCUGUACGUGACGGGCCUGUCGACGCGGGUGACCGAAAGGGAGCUCGAGGAGCACUUCAUGAGGGAGGGGAAGGUUCAGCAAUGUCGACUUGUCGUGGAUCCUCGAACUCGUGAAUCGAGAGGUUUUGGGUUUGUAACGAUGGAAACGGUGGACGAUGCUGAGAGGUGCAUAAAGUAUUUGAACAGAUCUACACUUGAGGGGCGGAUCAUUACUGUAGAGAAGGCAAAGCGGAAGCGAGCAAGGACACCCACUCCAGGCGAAUACCUUGGCGUCCGAGCAAUCGGCGACUUUGGACGUGGGCGUCGAGAUGGAUUUCACCAAAGGCGUUCACCAAGAUACUCUCCAUAUGGAGGGGGGCGUGGAAGAUCACCACGAUACUCGCCUCGGUACUCUCCGUACAGGGGCCGCGAUCGAUCGCCUCGGUAUUCUCCCUACCGUGGGACAAUGAGGUAUGGUAGGUCACGCUCGCCGCAGUAUUCUCCUCAGCACUCAAGGUCUCCAAGACGGUUUUCCCCUCCACCCCGCUCACGAUCUCCCUUGCGAUUCAGGUCACGAUCGCCUCUCCGAUUGGGAUCGCCACGCCCAUAUGGUGGUGGGCUCAAUCAUCGCUCUCGCUCUCGCUCUCUCUCUCCCGGAGGUUUCAGAGGGAGGCAUUGAUGCUUCUCCGUAGCCAAUCCGUUUACACAUACUGUCUUCACGUGAAUAGAAAGGACUGUCAUUAUAGCCGUAGUUUGCUCACCUUUUAGCCCAGGUGCAGUUAAAAUCACCCUAUGUUGGUUAGAUCCCCUUGUGUGAAUGUGCUUUUGAUUGUGGAAGGCUGAUAGGCACUGGAAGCCUGCAAUUUUUGUCCCACUGCGUUCCUUUUAUCUUGUCCAUACUGCUCACUGAAAGGUCUGCUAGAUUUUCAACCUGCCCAGAAAUAGAACGUCAUGCAUCGUCAUAUUUAGAUGGCACUAACUUUCGCACAUCUGUACAAGACAGUCAGCAUCUACUUCUCUGUUACAGCAUAACCUUGCAGGGCCAGAAUAGCUGCAAAAUACAGCAUAACCUCUGGGGAGUGAGUGCGGAUAGAGGAGAGCAGCCGUCAAGUGACCCUUUACUGCCACUGAGGAUUUUUUAUCAGUAUAGAAGUGCCUCCUGUCAGGAAAGCUCAGGUUGACGUCUGUCUGCUGUGAAGUUAUCAAUGGCAUGGCUGACAGCGGUUGAUUUGCUGAAGAGGACAGUGGCGAGGUUUCAUUUUCGGAGAGAGAGAGAGAGAGAGAGAGAGAGAGAGAGAGAGAGAGAGAGAGAGAGAGGUGGCCGGAUUCUUUGCUAUUGUACAUAAUACGGGAGGGUUUGGCAAUGGUCAGACCUUGCUGUUCUUUUUUGACUUGUCUAUGUCUAUUGGCUGUUUUGUCAGAAGCAAUGGCUAUUGUUGCAAGAAGAUGUGAAUAGGACUGAGACAAGGUGAGGAAAGUUUUGGACUUCGUUUCCAAGCCUCUUGUGGAUUUGUGGGCAGCUGUGGGGAGGUGGUUGUAUUUGCUGUGCGUUUUCCUGUGUUCUGCUCUCAAUCCGCAUUCCCGUCUGCAAAAUGUUGAUCUGUGGCUGAACGGUACCAGUUCUGCAGUGCAUAGAGAAAGCCAUAUACGCUUCGCUCAAAAGUCAUUGGUGGUCGAUCGCGAGCUAGUGCACAUUACGCAGAGCAAUGCUUAAUGCAUUCGCUACCUUUGAUCAAUUCGAGUCAUUAUGUGACCAAAACUCCAUCACUUGUUUUUUGAAAUGAUUGCUUCAAGCGUUUUGAUAAGCCAACGCAGGCUUUUAGAAUCCUUGCAAAGACGAGGGACGGCAUGAAUGUGAAAUCAGAAUUUGUCUAGAUCGUACUAUUUGACAUUUUUCUAUUCAGUGUGCUAGCAGCUUUGAGUGAUACAAGAAGAGCCAGUGCAGCUUCGCAUGCAGUAGGAAAGGACAGGGAUGCAAUUGAAAGGACAGGGACGCAAUUGAAAGUAUUUGCUGUGAAUGUACAAUAGCGCUUGUGUAAUGGAAGUGAAAGAGGGACGGCAUGGUGGCAGGUGUAAAGAUGGCGUAAUUGGGGAUUGUUAGGAAGACAAAUAUACAUUUCAACAUGAGCGACGACGAUUCUAGGGGUUGUAAAUGUGUACGAAGUAUGCUCACCUGGUUGAAGUUGAUUGCAAUGAACUGCUUAUUUGAUU